GCAAUUGAAAAUUAUCAACCCCUCUCUUCGAACUCCCGAAUAAAAGCGAUUCUCCAAUAAAGCCGGUGAUGAUGGUAUUCUUGUUCUAAAGCCGUCUUGUACCAGGACGGCGAGCUUACCAUUACGAACUCCAAAAAGAAAAACAUACACCGUUUUUUCUUCUUUUGGGCAGAGAGACUGACAGAUGAUUAGGGCAAUAAAAGCAGCAGUCUUUGAUUCACAGAGCAGCAAUCUUUUCCAAAGGGCUUCUUUCUUCCAUUCCACUCCCGUCCUUGAACAUAAAAGACGCAAUAAUUGGCAAUUUGGUAAGAGGCAUGGAAAGAUGCGUGCAAAACAAGAACUAUUGCGCAACUUUGGUGCUUAUGCGGAUGACUUUUUUAAGAGCUGGAAAGAUGAGUUUCAUGAAGACAAUCCAUCAUCAAGUAGAGGUCCUUCAUGGGCCAACAAACAACGCACUAAGAGAUCCAAAAGGGAUCGGCCUGGCAAUAAAGGAUUUUAUUACAGUGGUAGAAGACCUUUUGAGUUUUGUGAAGACAAUGAUGAUGACAUCGAGAACAUAUUUAGGUCUGCCUUUGGUGGAAGCCGGUUCUUUUAUUGGUCCUUCGUUAAUGAGGAGUACCCUCAAUGGAGGAGAUCUAGAUACUCGAAUAACUAUGGGAGAUCUUGGAGCUGGAGUUAUCGAUUUGAUGAGGAUUCUGACUCCUCAACAGAAUGUGGUAAUGAUGAGGGUUCAGACCAAGAUACAAUUGCUGAUAGGCAGGCCCUUGGACUAAGUGCUUCUGGUCCUCUAACACUUGAAGCCGUUAAAACUGCAUAUCGAGCCUGUGCAUUGAAAUGGCAUCCAGAUCGUCAUCAUGGCUCUUCCAAGGCUGUUGCGGAGGAGAAAUUCAAGCUUUGUAACACAGCAUAUAAGUCUUUAUGUGAUAAGUUGGCAUUGAACUAAGGAAUGUUUUGAAGCAUGAGCUACAUAUUUCUUAAAGCUAAUGCAUUGUUUGGAGUUCCGAAUGUGUAAUGUUUAAGAC